AUGGCCACCCAGCCUCGUCUCAAACUCGCCCUGAUCGGCCUCGGCCGCCUGGGCCCCAUCCGCGCGCGAAUCCUCGCCUUCCAGCAGCCUCGCAUCGAGCUCGUCGCCGCCUGCGACACGAGGCCCGGGUGCGACAAUUGGGUGGCGGAAAACCUGCCGCCAUCUGUCAAGUAUUAUGCAGACCCGCAGGACUGUAUGAAGAACAGCGGCGCCGAGGUGGUCCUAAUUUCUACGGCGACUGCCACGCACGCGCCGCUGAUCUGCUUGGGCCUUGACCUGGGUCUUCACGUCAUGUGCGAGAAACCUAUCUCGGUAGAUGUUAUUACUACUGAGGAGGUGCUUGCCAAAGCUAAAUCCAAGCCUCACCUCAAGUUCCUGGUCCCUUUUUGUCGACGACAUGACGAUUCGUGCCGUGCUGCGAAGGAAAUGGUCGAGAAUGGCUCGCUGGGAGAAAUCCACGCUGUCGAGACCACUUGCCUUGAUCAGCAAGACCCAACCGGAUUCUUUGUCACCUUCUCGGCACAGUCCGGGGGUAUCUUUGUCGACAUGGGUGUUCACGACAUCGACAUCGGCCGGUUCUACCUCGACGUAAAAUCCGGCCUCAAGAACCCCAAGAAGCACGUCAACAGAGUAGUCGCCAUGGGCCAGCAGGCCGUCUACGGCGACCUCGCAAAGUACGGCGACUGCGACAACGGGUGGGCCAUGGUCGAGUUCGCCAACGGCAAGAGCUGCACCCGCGUGUGCGGGACAAAGGCCCACUCCGUCGUCAACGGCAACUCGACCAUCAACCGCGUCGAGGUGCGCGACGCCCACGGCGUGCGGACGGCGACCACCCCGGACGCGUUCGUCCUGUACGACAAAUCAUUCCUCAACGACCUCUCCGAGUUCGCCGCUGCUGUGCUAGACGGGAAGCCGCUUACUUGCACUCCGGAUGAUGCCUACGAGGCGGCCAAGAUCGCCACCGCGCUACAAUACUCGUUCCGGAAUGGCGUGCCUGUCUACUUUAACGAUGACGGCCUGCCUAUCAUGGAGAAAGCCAAGACGAACGGUGACCGAGGGGCUUAG